ACGCGGGCCACAGGACGCCCGCGCAGUGACGAUCCGGACGCGAACCUCGUAUCAAAUUCGCUUAUGGGCAGCCGUCCUAUAAGAGGCGUCGAGUCCGCCGGCGCAUGGCAACCCCACCACAACCCAGCGCCGGCAGUCGCCGUCAUCGAUCGAUCGCCGGAAAACUAACCCCUAACGAUGUCUGGAGCCGGCGAGGAGGACAAGAAGCCCGCGGAGGGCGGCGCCCACAUCAACCUUAAGGUCAAGGGACAGGUCAGCACGCCAGCGGUUUCUCUCUUCCUCAUUUUCUUCUUUCUUGUCAUCUCGCCGGUGGUCCCCCUUCCUCACCAUCUUCCCCGUAGCGAGGAUGGCAAUGAGGUGUUCUUUCGCAUAAAGAGGUCCACCCAGCUGAAGAAGCUGAUGAACGCUUAUUGUGACCGCCAGUCUGUGGACAUGAAUGCCAUUGCGUUCCUGUUUGAUGGCCGCAGGCUUCGCGGCGAGCAGACCCCUGAUGAGCUGGAGAUGGAGGACGGCGACGAGAUCGACGCCAUGCUUCACCAGACCGGAGGCAGCGUUCCUAGCACCACCUAAAAGCCUCGUUUUGCUCUCCGUCCUGCGUAGUACUAAACAAAAGGGAAAAAGUCUUUUUAAGGAACUUGUGAUGCUCUGGCUCCUUGUGCCAUUGCUGAGGGACAUCCUUAGCCUUUGUUUAGUAGUAUGGUUUGGUACUUUGUUCUGUCAUCACUCGUUUAUCUAUCCCUAAUACAUGCCGCCAUGAUUGUACUCCCAAUGACGCGCAGAUCAUUUGCUUUGUUUUGUCUGCUCGAACCUCGAAGUCGUCUAUGCUUUUCAGAUUAUUUUGGGCA